CGAACGGAUCGAGAGAGAGAGGCAUCAGUGGAGGAAGACAGGGCGGACGUGUUGCAUCGUUGUCGCGCGUCCGUAGAAGACAAGUGAGAAGGGGGACGAUCGAACGAGAGGGUUGGCCACGACGAACGAUUCGCGAACGAUAAAUUUCCCGAUCCUGUUUGUGAAAAGGAAGGAGAGAACAAAAGAAAGAAAGAAAGAAAGAAGAAGGAGAUAAAGAGUAAAAGAGAAGAGGAGGAUAAAACAUUAUCAAAGAUAUAGACGAUAAUCGAUUAUUUAACGAGAGAGGAAGAGGGAGCUCUCCGUUAUCUAUUUGUCCCUUUCUCUCUCUCUGUGUCUCGCUCUCUCUCUUUCUCUCUCUUCCUUCGUAUCUCUAUCUUUCUUUCUCUCUUCGGUGAGCGAUCGGUUCGCCGAUCUACAUACGUUCUACCGGAUACGGCCAAUGAAGGCACGUAAGAGCCGCGAGAAACGUAAGUUCACCAAUCUCAGGGCCAAGAUCGUCCGUAAUCCGUGGUGCGUUAUCAGCGUGGUGCGUGAUCGCAGCUAGGACAUUCGACGAUGUCUCUCCUCCUUGAUGAUCAUCCUCGAGAAGCCGCGGAGUGAGGAUUUCUUAUCCCGCAAAAAGAGAACGAACGAAACGAACUUUUCCACAUUCGCAUUUUCCUUCCCUCUUUUCCUGUUUUUCAUUAUAUAUAAAUAUAUAUAUCUCUCUCUUUCUUCCACUUUCUCUCUCUCUCUCUCUCUUUCUUCGUUCCUUUUUUCCCCUUUAUUUUUUAUUCAUCUCGUUCGCUCUUACUAGCUGCAAACGUAAUUCGCCGAGGUGCGUCAGCGCCAAGAGUCGAUGGAGAUGCAGCGCCAAGAGGGAGAACUUGAAGAACUCGGGGGCGUUUUAGGGGGUUCUGGAGGCGGCACCUUAACCUUGGGGGGACGUCACAAGCCCGAGGAAUUGGCAACCUUAGCAGCUAACACGAGAUUUUCAAGAAAAGAAAUACAAUUGAUCUAUCGUGGAUUCAAACAAGAAUGUCCUUCCGGAUUGGUCGACGAGGAAGCUUUCAAACAAAUCUUCUCACAAUUUUUUCCACAGGGAGAUGCUAGCCAGUACGCUCAUUACGUGUUCAACACUAUGAAGAGGAAACAUUCCGGUAAAAUAAGUUUCGAGGAGUUCCUGACGAUUCUAUCAAAAGUAUCUAGAGGUUCGGUGGAGGAAAAGUUACAGUGGGUUUUCGGAUUAUAUGACUUGGAUGGCGACGGAUUGAUAAGCAAAGAAGAAAUGUUGGACGUGGUUGGGUCCAUUUACGAAAUGCUGGGUCGUUAUACUCAGCCGCAGAUAGUCGAGCCGCAUUUGGCUGCACGCGAACACGUCGAUCGUAUCUUCCACCUAAUGGAUACGAACAAGGACGGCGUGGUAACUAUCGAGGAAUUGGUGCAAUGGUGUUCUAAGGACGAGCAAUUAUUGCGAAGUCUCGACACUCUUGACACAGUCUUGUGAGAGUUUAACGUUACUUUCACAUCUUUUCCAUUAAGUUAUCAAAAGCUUUUUCAUUUUCUUCCGCGAUCGAUAAUAUACAACGUCUGAAAGAGUUUCAUAAGUCCCAUUUAUGGAAGACGACCGUUCUAUCUUAAAUUCCGAUAAUAUUGUAUCUUUAAAUUUCUUUCUUACUAUUUCGAUAUAUUAUGAAAAAAAAAAAGAAAAAAAAAAAAAGAA